AUGAGCCACCGAUACUCAAGAGAGGACAAGAAGAAAUGGAUCUCGACUAGAGACCAGUUGAGCCGCAAGCCUCCUGCCCAAAUUCCAGAGAUUGAUACAACGGUUCUAAUAGAUGAGAACAAGUUUACCCUUAUUGGGAGAGUAACAAACCCUGCAGUUCAGAACACCAAAGCUCUGGUGGAAUUCUUUCUUCAACACGGGAAUGUCUCUGGGCGCCUCACUGGAAGAGACAUGGGACCCCUCCUUUUCCAGUUCCGGUUCGACAAUGAAAGAGACCUGCUCACCAUUCUCAACAAGGCUCCUUUCCACUUCAAAAGAUGGAUGAUUAUUGUUCAACGUUGGGAACCAGUGAUCUCUGACAAGUUCCCAGCUCUCUUACCAUUCUGGAUUCAGAUUAAUGGAGUUCCCCUACACUACUGGGAUGAUACAGCUCUACGUGCCAUUGGAAACGAAAUAGGCACGGUGGAAGCAUGCAUACCAACUCAAGCUCGAGUUCGGGUUAGCAUCAAUGGACUCAACCCCCUGGAGAUGUUCAGAGAUUUCACUCUACCCUCGGGAGAAACAAUAGAGGUGGAAUUUACUUAUGAAAACCUGCAGAAACACUGCUUCAGAUGUUACUCUCUUGGCCAUGAAAAAGAUGCCUGCCCUCUGGUGGAGGAUUCUAGGGAGCGUGACAGAAGUCCUCACAGGCUUAGUACCUCUCAAAAGAAUACCAUGGCUAGCCUUGAUGAGAACAGGAGGAAGUAUGAAGAGAGGAGGAAUGGAAAAAGUAAUCAAAACCGACAGAUGAGAGAAUCUUCAUCCACAUUCUCCAAAAGGAACUACUACGAAGAUCGUAGAACAGAUUCAAGACACAACUCACGUCGUAAUCAAAGCUACGAACCUUUCACUAGUGAAUACCGUAGAGGCCGUGAAGACUACAUUUUAGGAAGGUCCUUCUCACGGGAAUCUGGAGCUAGAGCCGAAAUAAAUCCCAGGAACUCAGUCUUUCCAAGUAAGACAGCAGAAGCACAUGAUCGAGUCAGAGCUAACAGUAACCGCAGACUGGAGGAAAGGCGAGCUCCUAGCCAUGAUUCUGUAUUACAAGCUCCGACACUACCAGCCCCUAUACCACACUCAACGGACCUAAGAAGAGCUCUUUCCCGUAGAGAUGAAGGGGAAGUUUCAGCGGAACAAGUUUCUUCUGGACGUCGGCCUAUUAAAGAAAGACUGAUGCUAGCUGAUAACCCUCACUCUACUGACUUAAGGCGAUCUCUAACAGUUAGAGAUAAGGGGGGAGAAUCGGGAGGACUUUCUUUAGCUGAUAGACAUUGCUCAUGUUUCUAA